AUGUGUCAUGGUAUGACAAUAAAUAAAUCAAGUACUCUAAGUAGUCCUAAAAGACUAUUUAUAGAAAUAAACGAUGAACCUCCAUCUUUUGAUGUGUUUUGGCCGAAAGUGGAAAAUGCUGAUUUUGAAGAUCCUGUCAUAGGUUAUAAGGUAAAAGUGAUAGAAGUGAAGAAAGUGAAAAGAAUCAUAAACAAAUUUAAUAGUAAUAACAAUACAAUAACACCAAUUGAAGUAGAAGAAUAUCCGAAACUUAACGUUCAAAAAGCACCAGAUGGACUACUGACAGAACUGACAGCACCAGCAAGUGAUAAACCACAAGUAAGGUUUGAAAACCUGAAACUUGGAGUACUUUACGAAAUCACAGUUAUCGCAUUUACCAAAAAGCUCGAAGGACCACCGUCUUCACCUAUCAGGCUUCGAGUACACGACUCUUAG